AUGUUCCUAGCGAGAUAUAAUUGGCUUCCUUGGUUGGCUUCGGAUGCUAUGCCGCUUGCAAGCACAGUCAUCUAUGUGGCUAUCAUUACUAGCAUAGUAGUGGUUUUGUUCCAUCGUGUCGUCAAGCCCCAAAAUAACAAGAAGCCGGCAACCAGAAGUCAAAACACCCUCCCUCCUGAGCUUCGCUGGUCUGUCGCCCAGCUUGCACAUUCCUUUUUCACAGCACAGUUCGACUUCAUAAAAGAGGGUUUUAGGGUGACCGGCUCUAAAGCUUUCAGAUUUCAACUCCGAAAAAAUCAAGUAAUUGUGGUAUCAGGCGAGGAGGCAAGACGUACUUUCUUUGGAGCGAAAAGCCUGAACCUCUACGAAGGUUUUCAGGUACUCAUUGGUACUAUCCCUACAGGUCUCAAUCCUCGGGUACUCCAUGGUAUAUACAAGCGAUUGAAUAAUCUUCAGCGACCCGAUAAUCUCCAGAAUUUACUUCCACAACUGAUUACAGACUGUCACCAAAAGAUGAAUUCAUGGGACAAUCUCAUCAUUGACCCAUGCGCCAGUUUACACGACGUUACUUUUCAGAUGAUCAUCCGCGCCGUUACCUCCUAUGAAGUUGCAGAAGAUACCAGGCUUGUAUCCCGUUUGAAAUACUUUUAUGAUAUUAUUGAUGCCUCGGUAAAGCCCUUGCACUUAUGGGCUUGGGUACCCGGUCUUGCAACUUUCUACAAGCUGCGUGCCUCUAUGUAUGUCUAUUGGACUUUCCACCAGGCUGUCAAGAGGCGCGUCCACAGUGGGGUGCGAAGAGACGACUCCCUUCAGCAGCUUCUUGAUUCUGGAGAGAGUUUCCAAUGUAUUGUCGGGUUUAUGAUGGGCCUUCCUAUCGCUGGGGCGCGAUCAACGGGAACGAUUGGCACGUGGCUUCUCCUGUACCUGGCGUCUGAACCAAGCUGGUCCAGAGCAGUACACAACGAGAUCAAAGACCUCACAACGACCUACAGAGACUUUUCAUCCUUGUCGAAGGAAGAUAUAAUGGGGUCAAUAUCAGCCAUUCCCCUUGCAGCAUGGGAAUCGCAAACCCCGCAGCUGGAUCUCUGCAUUCGCGAAACACUCCGACGAGCUCAGCCACAUACGGCGGUACGGCGCAACAUUGGACCUGACCUGUCCAUUGGGGCUUAUACAAUCCCGUCCAAUGCCUUCGUUCUAUAUCCGUUCUCCGAUACGGCAUUGAACCCGACCCUCUAUCCAGACCCAUUGCGUUGGGAUCCCGGCCGCACGGUUGUCGACAAUAAUGCGUUUAUCGGAUGGGGAGGCGGUACACACUUAUGCAAAGGCCAACGGCUGGCCAAUUUAACCUUGAAGAUUAUAGUGGCCUGCACUCUGAUGAGCUAUAAAAUUGAUAUUGUCAGUAAGAAUGGUGAUGUAGUAACUGGCGCUCCAGUUCCAGACUGGAAUGACUACUUGACAUGUCGGCCCCAAGGGGAUUGCACUCUGCGUUUUACAAAGUGCAGGGAGUGA